GUGAAAUGGCUUGAAAUCCCUCCGCUUUUCCUCUUCACUUCUUAGUUCUUCUGCCCCACGCCAGGCCCAGCAGUCUCCGUACCCCGGCAUCACCAUUCCCUUCGUCUUGGGCCUGCACGCCUCUUCCCGGCUCCGGCGACCGUUCACCAUCCCUCCGCCCCUGGCCGCCGCGGUUCAGGACCUCCGGUGAUUCUUGGCUUGCAAUGACCACACCUUACAUAGCAAAUAUGGAGCUAACCGGGUGCACAAUGAAAUCACCCAUUUCAUGCAAAAAGUCACAUACCUUGAGCUCCAACUUAUGUAUUUCUGGACCUAGAUGCGUCUUCAGUGUUCAUUCAAAAUCAUGUCUAAAGUUGCAUCCUCAAAGCAAGAGGAAAACCAACAUGAUGUCCGCAAGUCAUGGUAGCAACAGCCAUGAUAAUAAGGCCAUCAGUGCCAGUCUUACGUAUAAAGAUGCUGGGGUUGACAUUGAUGCAGGAUCAGAGCUUGUCAGGAGAAUUGCCAAAAUGGCACCUGGAAUCGGCGGUUUUGGAGGCCUCUUUCCUUUAGGGGAUUCAUACCUUGUGGCUGGCACCGAUGGGGUGGGGACAAAACUAAAACUUGCUUUUGAAACUGGAAUCCACGAGACGAUAGGGAUUGAUCUGGUUGCAAUGAGUGUUAAUGAUAUUGUCACCUCUGGAGCAAAACCAUUAUUUUUUCUUGAUUACUUUGCAACAAGCCAUCUCGAUGUUGAUCUUGCAGAAAAGGUGAUAAAAGGCAUUGUAGAUGGUUGCAAGCAGUCUGAUUGUGCCCUUUUGGGGGGAGAGACUGCAGAAAUGCCAGAUUUCUAUGCAACUGGGGAGUAUGAUCUUAGUGGUUUUGCAGUUGGUAUUGUGAAAAAAGAUUCCGUUAUUAACGGGAAGAAUAUUGUUCCCGGAGAUGUCCUCAUUGGCCUUCCAUCUAGUGGAGUUCAUUCAAAUGGAUUCUCUCUUGUCAGAAGGGUGAUCAAACAAAGUGGCCUCUCUUUGAAUGACCAGCUUCCUGGUGACUCGAUCACACUAGGCGAAGCCUUAAUGGCCCCAACUGUCAUUUAUGUUAAACAGGUACUUGACAUUAUUAAUAAAGGAGUGGUUAAAGGGAUAGCUCACAUCACCGGUGGAGGCUUUACAGAUAAUAUACCUCGCGUUUUUCCUAAAGAUUUAGGGGCCAUCGUUAACAAAGAUUCAUGGGUAGUUCCUCCCGUAUUCAAAUGGAUUCAAGAGGCGGGUAGAAUUGAAGAUGCGGAAAUGAGGCGGACUUUCAACAUGGGAAUCGGGAUGGUCCUAGUUGUGACCCCGGACACGGCUCGGAAAAUCCUCGAGGAUGAGGCUUUUGAAGCUUUCCGACUCGGCGAGGUGGUAGAAGGAGAUGGAGUGAGUUACCUCUAGUAAGGUUAAUGUGACUUUGCUACUUUCAAGUUGGGGCAAAGUCUGCUGCGUACACACACCCUCUCCAGAGCGUAUUGGGGUUUGACUCAGAUUUGUUGUUGUGAUUUUGCAUCUUGGGCUCUUGUAAAAUAUAGAGCUGUGAAAAUUGAAAUGUGUUUUUUUAAAGCAUUGUGUUGCUGGUUUUUUUGUAUGAAAUAAAUUUUGCCAAAUUAGGGAGAGAACUAUAGGGGGUGCCCUAUACGAAUCUACCUCGGGUUGGGGCUACAGAGAAAUGUGGUUAAAUACAAAGUAUUCACCUUU